AUGCUAGCAAAGAAGACCAUUCCGACGCCAUCUUCCUGGAACUUGACCCCUGACCAAAGCCCGCAACUCUCGCCCGUUUCCUCGGAAGGUGAGGCAGACCACGAUAGUGACAUGGAUGCGGAUAGCACUCGGGGCACCAGGCCCAUGAGCAUGGCCAUCCCCAGUGGAGCGUUCUGUCCAAUCCGGCCAACCUUGGACGACGUUUUGGCUAACACCGCCCCUCCUCCUUACACGCUCAGCGCUUUCAUGGCUUAUCUCUCGCAGAACCACUGCCUCGAGACGUUGGAAUUCACGAUGGAAGCCAAGAGAUAUGGGGAGACGUAUCAAGCCGUAUCCCACCAGCUGAGCGAAUCUCCCAUUUGCUCAGACUGUCCCCAGACGGAGCACCUGUGUAUGCUGUGGCAACGAUUGAUAUCCGCAUAUAUCUUGCCGGGAUCUCCACGAGAAAUCAAUCUCUCGAGCUCAGUCCGUGACGGUCUACUUGAGUACGCUGACUCGACCACCCCACCUCCCCCUGAGGUGCUGGAUUCUGCGGUGACACGGAUGCACGACCUCAUGGAGGAGUCCAUCUUUAUCCCUUUUCUGAACAGCUCUUCUUCGUCUGCUCACAUCGCGAGUCAGUCGUGCCCCUCCUACAUGAAUCCAAAUGAAUGUUAUCGGUUCUCGAAUCCUAGCCUGGACGAUCUUACUCGGGUAACUACCCAGGGUCGUCGAGGGUCUCCGCGGCCGUCCGUGUUGGAAUCUGCGUCCCCGCGUUCUCCUGGCAGUGGCCAUCCCCAUGGUCGCCCAAGCCUGAACGUCGUUGCGGCCCUGUCGAAGACGGGCAGUCGCGUGCCGGGUCACCACUCUGCCUCUAGUGGUGAUUCUGGGUCAACCAGUCUUGUCGAAGAUUCGGGUAGCAGCAACACGUCCAGUCCUACGGCAGGUGAACCGAUGACACCGCCGAUGACUCCACCGUCUAGCGACCUGUCCUCCGGUGGCACUCCCAAGAGGACGGAUAAUCCGUGGAAGAAGAUGGGAUUGAAACUCGGCUUUAAGAAACGGUCCGGGGGCAGUGCAUCUCAUCGUGAAAACCGAAUGCCGGGAGAUGAAUGA